AUGAGUGAAGGAAAUUUGGGGGAGCUCAAGGAGCGAUCGUCAAGUCCACAGGGCGCCAAGCUCUCAUGCAGCACAGCCCCUGAUUCCAGGUCUACGGAAACAUGCCAAAGGCACAAGUUCAGGCGCAGCAACUCUGGCAGUCGUGCGGCAAGCUCUCCAGAUAUGCAGCACUACACACCAGGGCAAGGAGGUGACAGGCGUAGUGACCUUCAAGCCGACACAGUGCUCAUGCCACAAUCUGACAGUCAACAAGGUCUUAGGAAUGGCUACCAGCAGAUGCCCCAGUGGUGUAGAGAUUUCGAAGCACCACACAGCCAGGCAGGGCGGCUUCUGCGCACAGAGUCCAAACCAAAGUACACGUCGAGAAUAUUGGCGGGAGAUGAGCUGUCAUCUCUGGUGGAGAUAGGCAAUCGAUUGGGUAUAGUGACCCCAACAGCAGAGGAGCAAUUGGCGGCCCCACAGUUGCCCAAGAGGCUGUUUGGCCGUUAUCAAAGCGUCUACAAGGGAAUCAGGCACAGGAGGAGCAAGAACAAGAAGAUGUUAAAAUGGGACGUUAUAUUCCACGCUGGUGGUGUGUUAACCAAACUAGGUACAUAUGAGGACGAAGCCCUUGGUGCGCGGGUGUGGGACUUGCAGGCACUGAGAGUGCGGGGAGCGUUCACCUGGAUUAAUUUCCCACACCUCAGAAAUUUCUACCUUGCAGAGCUGUCCAAGAUAGGAGAGAAGGUUCAAGGUUCAGAUGAGGCCCUUGCCUGCCAACGUCCACUUGCGUGCGAGGUUGUGGAGCCUCCUGCUGUUCAACAUAGGCCACCAGCAACUCUGAUUGUCCCCAUGAACGAAUCACAGCACAGUGAGGGCAAAGCUGUCAGUACAGCACCUGAGGCACCUCCUCCUGCAGCAGUCCCCACACAAACUCAACCCUGCAACUUGCAAAUCCCUACACCAGGAACUCCACAAACCAUGUCUGCAAGGCCACCUGCACCAGCUCCGCAACUGGAAGGUGUGUUGUGGUGUGAAAAAUGCUAA